UAUAGAAAUUACACAGAUAUGUAUUUUUUUCAUAAUUUCAUUUCCACAAAAGUCUCUCAGUAGUGGACUGGAGUUUGUGUGAACAUCAGUGAAACUUUAGUUCAGUACAGAAUGAAGACGCUCCUCAUCAUCAUCAUCAUCAUCACCUUCUACCUGAUCUCAGGUCCAGUGCACUGCUCUGAUGUGAUUGGUUAUCCUGGAGGUCGUCUCAUAAUUUACUACAAACACUCAGUUAAUUUCAGAUCUCCUGUGUAUUUUUGCAGAAGGAAAACACAAACAGAGUGUAAAGAUUUAAUAAGAGCUCAGGGAGAACAGUUACACACAGGGGUUCAUCAGGACAGAUUUACUCUGUUUACCUCUGAGGGAUUCAUUACAUUAAUAUUCAGAAACCUGAGUUUACAGGAUACAGGAGUGUAUCAGGGUGGAGAGACUGGAGUGUGGAGUCAGAACUUUAACCUGAAAGUGAUCAGAGAUCCAUGUUGUAGUCAGAGAAAAACAGUAAGAGGUUAUUCGGGACGGACUGUGAGGAUCAGCUGCUCCUAUCCAGUAGAGUUUAAAACGUACAUGAAGUUCUUCUACAAACUGAAUCGUCUCUCUGAAACUCCACUGAUCCUCACCAGAGUAUCAGAGCAGCAUAAGGACGGCAGAUUCUCUAUUUCUGAUGACACGAGGAAUAAAGAGUUCAGUGUGAACAUCAGUGAUGUGGGAGAAGAUGAUGGAGGAGUUUAUUCCUGUGCAGUCAGUAAUGAAGAAACUGAAGUCAUUUAUCACUCGCUCUUCACUGGAAUUCAGCUCCAAGUUACUGAAGUAACAGACGAUCUAACAAAGAAUCCAGGAGGCAUAUCAGAGACACCUGAGACAGGUUUCUUAUUUAUCAUCAUCAUCAUCAUCAUCACUGUGUGUGUCUGUGUGAUUAUGCUGACAUUGGGAACGUCUUUAUUCACCUACAUGUUAAGAAAAUACAAGACUCAAGAUUCUGCUUUAACAAGCCAGAGAACAGAAGCAAAUAACAUGAUUGCUGAUUAUGAAAACAAUCAACCUCAGGUUCAGAAUAUCAGAAUGCAUCUGGUCUACCAAAGCCAGAAUUCCAACAGCAACGCAUCAGAUUCAGUCUACCAGAGUCUGGACUGCAACACCAACCAAUCAGAUUCAGUCUACCAGAGUCUGGACUGCAACACCAACCAAUCAGAUUCAGUCUACCAAAGUCUGGACUGCAACACCAACCAAUCAGAUUCAGUCUACCAGAGUCUGGACUGCAACACCAACCAAUCAGAUUCAGUCUACCAGAGUCUGGACUGCAACACCAACCAAUCAGAUUCAGUCUACCAGAGUCUGGACUGCAACACCAACCAAUCAGAUUCAGUCUACCAGAGUCUGGACUGCAACACCAACCAAUCAGAUUCAGUCUACCAGAGUCUGGACUGCAACACCAACCAAUCAGAUUCAGUCUACCAGACCCUCAAUAACAAACUAAUUAAUCACAUUCAGUCUACUAGAAUCUGGACUUCAAAACCAAACAAUUAA